CUUCAACUUCUUGCAUGGAAACUUAAAGACCCAGCUCAGUAGCCCAAAAUUUGGCCCUCCCGUCCGUUACUUUUCCCAUUCCGACGAGCUCCCGCCGAGCUCCCCGUCGCCCACAAACUCGACAGUCGCGGCGUCCUGCUCGACCUAUAACUUCUGCCUGGCCACUACCAAAAUCAAAACAAAAAGCGGCAGACAUUUCAAACCUGAUUGCAUAAUUUCUGUCUGACCGCUGCCAAAAUAAAAACCCGGCCGAUUGUUCGACCCUGACUUCUCCCUACUACUUCUCCUUCACCACAUACACCACCGCCAUGGGUCUCUUUAGCAAGAAAGACAAGUCCGUGGACAAGUCGUCCUCUCCCGCCCCCUCGAACCCCUACGCCGCUCCUCCCGGUAAGGCCGACCCUUAUGCUCAGGCACCGCCGCCCUACAGUGGCGGGGGGAUGAGCGACCGCGCUCGCAUGGAGAAGUCCCCAGUACCUCCCGGAGGCUACGGCGGCUCUGGCAACUACGGCUCGCAGGGCGCCUACGGCCAAGACCGCUUCGGCGGCGGUGGUCAGCGUGCUGGCGGCUACGGAGGCAUGGGCGGUAGGUCCUCCCAGGAGACAAUGAACACAGACGCUGGGCGUCAGCAGCUGUUCGGCAACGCGGCGCAGAGGACGCAGCAGGCUCCUCCACCGUCUGGCGCUGGUGGAUAUGGUGCUGAUGCUGGCGGAUAUGGCGGCGGCUCCAGCAACGACUACGGUGCCUAUGCCGACCGUCAGCUUACGGCUGAAGAGGAAGAGGAGGAGGAUGUCCAGGGUGCGAAGCAACAGAUUCGCUUCAUGAAGCAGCAGGACGUCUCUUCGACCCGGAAUGCACUGCGUCUGGCGGCGCAGGCUGAGGAAACUGGUCGGGAUACUCUGGGCCGCCUGGGCGCUCAGGGAGAGAGGAUUCACAACACGGAGAAAAACCUCGACCUCUCGCAGAACCAGAACAGGCUUGCUGAGGAGAAGGCGCGGGAGCUCAAGACGCUCAACAAGUCCAUGUUUGCCAUGCACGUGUCCAACCCUUUUACGGCGUCCAAGCGGCGCGCCGAGCGCGACGAGCAGAUCAUGGACACGCACCGUCGCGAGCGCGACCAGCGCGACGAGACGCGUUCGAACGCCUUUGCGUCGUCGCAACGGCAGCAGCAGUUCUCGCGGGAACUGCGGCCCGGUGGCGGAGCGGGCAACACCAAGGCGUCGCUGGCGGAGCGCUCCAAGUUCCAGUUCGAGGCGGACUCGGAGGACGACGAGAUGGAGAACGAGAUCGACGCCAACUUGGACGCUCUGCACGGCGCGGCGGGGAGGCUGAAGGGCCUUGCUGGUGCCAUGGGAACCGAGGUCGACGAGCAGAACAGGCACAUUACGCGCAUUACGGACAAGACGGACAAGGUGGACGACCAGAUUGCCAUGAAUCGCUCCAGGCUGGAGCGGAUCAAGUAGGCCGGUGCGAGUACUGCGUGCAUUUGAGCGUUGUCCUGUCUGCGUUU